AUGGGUAUCAUAGACGUCCAGAGGUCUCAUUUGACUGCCACGCCGUCCAAGGAGAGGGAUGCACCAGCACACCCUCCCCCCACAAUCUUGCCUGUCUGUAUCCUUUUUCCAUACACAUCUAUUGCACUUCCUGUCCUCAUGUACUACAUCCCGGAGAAAGGCCAAUUCGACCAAAAUCCCUUUCUCAAGCUCAUUGCAAUACUCCCUCCCUGCCUGUACUCGGCGGUCCAAUUCCCUCUCCUCUUCCUCGGCAACCCCGAGUCUUCCUGCACGCCUCGACCUGCAUUAUAUGCAACACUCUAUCUGCUCCUGGAUGCCUCUCUCCUUGCAUUUUCUGCCAUCUCCAUCCUCUCGAUUGCUGCAUUCACCACUACAGAAUGGAACAGCGAUGAGGUUGUGGCCGUCUGCUCCACCCUCCUCCCCUCCCUGCUCGUACUGCCUGCCCACCUGCUAUCCACCUCCUGCGCCCUUACCCCAGGGUCAAUCGGAUUCACAGACUCCUCUGUCGACAUUCUCAUUGACCUUCUGAUGGUGUCACUCCUUGCAGCAGGCCUAACGCUGAAUGUGGACGAGUCCUGGCGCUUCUUCCCCUACAUCUGCAUCAGCUCCCUCGUCCUUGUCCUGGCAAAGUUGCUCCGGAAGAGCAGCUCCAUGCCCAGAAGGGACCCUGCGCCUGCUCCAGCCUGGAGGAUAGCCGCCUUUGUCCUUAUCUUUGGCCUUUCCAUGUUUGUUUACUUUUCCAUCCUCUAUGAGUGCCUGCUCAUUUUCGGCAACCAUUUCCCCUGGUUCCCAAGCCAAGCACCUUCCAACGACUUGACGAAUAAAUGGUAG